CUAAAUACGGAUAGUGUGAACAAUUUGAUUUCGUUCGAUGGGUAAAUUUGAUACAAAACUGCAAACAAGCAUAUCCAUUUGUGGAUCGUAGAAGAAAAAAAACCAUGACCGAUUUAUUACGAAAAAAAUACAAUAUACAAAAGGCAACAGAAAUAAAAACCGACUAACUGAAAACGGUUACACGUGCCAGGCCCGUUACAAGAUAUAGCCGCGGUUCAAUUUUAUUGGUUAUGUAAAAUUGAUUAUGUAAAAUUUUUGUAUUUGGGAAAAAAAUAGUUUAAUCUGUUUGAUUGAUUGAAUCAAAUUUAUAUAAAAAAAAACUCGAUUUGAAGAAGCAGAUUUGAUUUGUUUAACAGAAGGUUUUAAAUUUAAAUUUCUCAAUUUGACAGUUAUAGCAGUUUAAAAUUUGAAAAAUUCACCAUUUUUGUUAGCUAAUGGCGCUAAAAUCCCUAAUAGAAAAAAAACAGCAACCGCAAAAUAAAAUAAAAUAAUUUUAUAAACUCUUGCAAAAGUGAAGAAUCUCUAGGGAGAUAGGAAAGCUUUGGGUUAGGUUGCUUGGUUUGGCUUGUUAUUGUGUGCGUGACUCAACUCGUCCCAUACUCGUAUACCCAAGCAAGCGAUACAGAACGAGACGCCAUCUUUAUCUCUCGCUCGGUCGCUCGCACACUUACUUGCCAUCGCGUACGCUACACCGCUGGGUCGGUCCGUCGCUCACCGAAAGGCUGACUCACAUUCAGUGGAGGUGUUCGGCAUGGGUACGGUCCCGUUUGGUGAACUCUAGUUUAGUUCUGUAUUUAGCGAUAAAAAAACGCCAGCAAAAGGGCGCUGGGUUCGAGGUUCGUCGUGACCAGUAAGGUCGCAUUUGUUGUGGGUUGUGAAUAUAUUAAUAUCCCGUCGUUGCCAAACUAAAGACUAACACGGUGCCAACAGAACUGAACUUAAGCUACUAUAAGUACCGGCAUCAUCCAACCAACCACACCAACACGCCACUGCAAUCAACCGUUCAAUCGUCGCGUCGUUCAAUCAAUCGCUUGCUGGUGAAGCAAACAACAAUGUUUGCUGCUCCGAGAAACCCUCGCGAGGGCGCCGCCAUGUACGUACUAGCGAUCGCACUGCUAGCCUGCAUCGCGCAACUUGCAACGGGGCAGCUGUCCACGUACCAGCUGACGACCUGCCCGGGCAAAACGACCUGCAGCCAGUGCAUCCAGACGACCAACUGCCGCUGGUGCACGAUGCCGAACUUUACCCAUCCGCGCUGCCACGGACAGAUCGAGAAGUACUGCCCGGAAGAGUACACCGUCGAUCCGAGCAACACGUUCCAGCUGGUGCAGGGCCGCGAGCUGACGAAACCUUCGCGCCGCGUACUGGAGGGCCAGAGCGAGCGUGAAUCGUACUACUCGUCGAGCCACUACCAGUCCUCCUCAUCCUCCUCGUCCUCGUUCCAACAGUCCUCGUCGUCGUACGAAUCGGAAUCAGCUGCUGGCAGCAUUGUACAGAUCUCACCACAGCGUGUCAGCCUAAAGCUUCGUUUGAAUGAGGCGUUCCGGUUCAAUGUAAACUACGCGCAGGCGGAAGACUAUCCCGUCGAUCUGUACUAUCUGAUGGAUCUGUCCAAAUCGAUGGAAGACGAUAAGACGAUCCUGUCCACGCUCGGUGCCGAUCUGGCGUCCGAGAUGCGAAAGAUUACCAGCAACUUUAAGCUCGGUUUCGGCUCGUUCGUCGACAAGGUGCUGAUGCCGUACGUGUCGACCGUACCGAAGAAACUGGAGCAUCCGUGCGAUGGAUGCAAUGCACCGUACGGUUACCUACACCAUAUGUCGCUUAGUUCGGACUCCAACCUCUUCACCCAUGAGGUGCAGCGUGCCAAUGUGUCGGGCAAUUUGGACGCACCGGAGGGUGGAUUCGAUGCGAUCAUGCAGGCAAUCGUCUGCCGGGAGCAGAUCGGGUGGCGUGAAAAGGCUCGGCGACUGCUGCUGUUCUCGACCGAUGCCGGCUUUCACUAUGCGGGCGAUGGCAAGCUGGGCGGUGUAAUUACACCGAACGAUGGCGAAUGCCACCUGGACCAUAACGGACGCUACACGCAUUCGACCACACAGGACUAUCCGAGCAUUUCGCAGAUCAAUCUGAAGGUGAAGCAGAACGCGAUCAACGUGAUCUUCGCGGUGACGGCGGAGGAGCUGUCCGUGUACGAGCAGCUGUCCCGGCUGGUGGAAGGUUCGUCCGCUGCCAAGUUGUCCAACGAUUCGUCCAACAUCGUAUCGUUGGUGCGCGACCAGUACAAUAAAAUUUCUUCCUCGGUUGAGAUGAAGGACAACCGUACGGAUAAUGUGAUCGACGUGAAGUAUUAUUCGCGCUGCCGUAACACGAACGGUGCGCUACAGCAGACGAACCGCUGCGAAGGGCUGAAGGUUGGGGAUGUCGUUACGUUCGAGGCACAUAUUACGCUGCUCCAGUGUCCGAACGAUCCGCGCGACUGGCACCAGGUGCUGCAGAUCUAUCCGGUCGGUAUCAACGAAAGCUUGACGGUCGACAUCGAAAUGCUGUGCAGCUGUCCGUGUGAGCAUCCGUCCGAUCCGGAGUACCGGGAGCGGGCGGACGAGUGCAGCAAUGCGGGCACGUACAAGUGCGGCAUCUGCGAGUGCGACGGUACGAACCAUGGGCAGCGUUGCGAAUGUUCCGCCCUGGACAGUUUGCUCGAGCCGGGCAUGGUGGACGCGUGCCGGAUGUCGAACGCGUCGGAAGAGUGUAGCGGCCGGGGGCAGUGCGUGUGCGGGGUGUGCGUCUGCGAACGGCGCCCCAAUCCGGACGAGCUGAUCGAGGGACGGUACUGCGAGUGCGACAACUUUUCGUGCGAUCGGCCGGGCGGUUUGCUGUGCUCCGGGCCGGACCAUGGACGGUGCGUGUGCGGGCAGUGCGAGUGUCGGGACGGCUGGACCGGACCGGCGUGUGACUGUCGGGCGAGCAACGAAACGUGUAUGCCACCGGGCGGUGGCGAGCUAUGCUCCGGCCACGGAACCUGCGAGUGCGGUACGUGCCGGUGCACCGUAACCGAGGACGGCCGGUACACCGGCCGGUACUGCGAAAAGUGUCCCACCUGUGCCGGACGGUGCAACGAGUUUAAGCACUGCGUCCAGUGCCAGCAGUACAAGACGGGACCGUUGGCAGCGGCGAACGAGUGUGCCACGAACUGUACGCUGUUCGUGCCGAUCCCGGUGGAGAAGGUAACGAUCGACGAGGAGCGCAACGAUAACAAGUGCACGUUCUUCGACGAGGAUGACUGCCGGUUCGAGUUUUCCUACAACGAUAGCGACCAGGAGAAGGUGGUGGUGACGGCACAGGAAGAGCGCGACUGUCCGCCGAAGGUGUUUAUGCUUGGCAUCGCGCUCGCCGUCAUCGCGGUGGUGGUGCUGAUCGGUAUGGCCGUGCUGCUGCUGUGGAAGGUGCUCACCUCCAUCCACGAUCAGCGCGAGUUUGCACGAUUCGAAAAGGAGCGCAUGAUGGCGAAAUGGGACACGGGAGAAAAUCCAAUCUACAAGCAGGCGACAACAACGUUUAAAAAUCCAACGUACGCCGGCAAGUGAGCGACCAGCAUCGAACGCGCAUCUCAAUCUAACACCUCGUUUGUAUUGUUUGACUGAUUUGAUUUCUUUUUUGUUGCGAUACGCUAAACGGCUGAUUCGAUUGACAAGUGGGCUGAAUGUGAACCCGGGACGCGAGCAGCGAGACUCUAGUAUUGACGAACGACGAACGAUCAUUAAACCCACAUUGCCUUACUUUAGUAUUCAGCUGUGUAUCGUGCAACGUUUCCGACCGCACCAAUGUCCGUUGUGUACGGUUUUCGGUUAACUUAUUACUACCUAUUACUAAACCAGCAAGACUAGCAAUGAACGUGAAGCCAGAAGAAGAAGAAGAAGAAGUAUUGCGCUAGCUGAGUUUGGUAGGCUCUAGGCGGCCGUACCAAACCCCCCCCCCCCCCCCCCCCAGCUAAUGCACCCGUAAAAGGCAUCUCACAUGUAUGGGAUGCACGCGACAGUAAAGCGAUCGAACGGCAUUGCGGUCCGAUCUUAUUAGUUUGAACUUCUUUUACCAACAGAUAUUAGAUUCCAACAACUUGACGUUGCGUCCAUGUAUCCAUGUAUUUUUUUUUUUCAGAUGAAAUACAUCCUUAUACGUAGCCAAAAAUGUCAAGCGAAAUUUAAAAAAAAGGCUUCCGGGAAGGAGCACAAAAAAGAGCCUCCUCCCUGCUAUCACGAGCCAAACGAAACAUUCAGUGGCCAAUUGCAAUGAGUAGAAAAAAAACACACACCCGGGAAACCAAUUGCUGGGAUCCUAUCGAGAACGUUGAAUCGCUAACUGUGCGCGUAAAUAGCAAUAAGAGUAAUAACUAGUUGAGGCAAACUUUUUAAAGCGCACUUUUCUAUGCUUUUGCUGGAUCGUCCAAGUGGCCAACAAAAUGUGUCAACAACAAAAGCAAGAAGCAAUUAUACUUACGUGAAAGUGAAACACCACUACCACUCGUGUGCCAUCAAGGUUUGUUGUCCGUUUUGUUUUUUAAACAUUAAGAUACGGAAUUAGGCCAAAACGACUAACGGAAGAAUAUUAAUAUUUGUAUUAAAAAUCGAAUUGAGAAUAUUUGAGGCAGGAAGAAAAGGAAGGGAGAAAAAACGAGCAAACGCACAGGUUUGGAGGGAAGAGUUACAAAAUUGGAGAGAAGAGAACAAAAUUCAAUCGUUAAGCACUCGAAUCGUUUUUCGGCAAAUAGCAAACAAAUAUUUAUAUCUGCGUACUCACUUAAACCGGUUUGUAGCAGAAUCUGUUUCUGUUUUAAAACCUAGUUCAAAUAAUUAAUUAGUGUUGUUCUCGUUUUUCGUUUACUUGGAGAUAAGUUUUUAAACCGUGUGAACAAAAACCGUGGGGCGGUCCGGUGGCCGAGGCGAUAACGGCGCCGGUCUUCACACGGCAGGACCGGGGUUGUUCAAAUCCCAUCCAAGACCGCCUCUCCCCGUACGCAGGGCUGACUACUUUUGCUACGGGUUAAAUUAAGUCACAGAGAAAGCCAGAAAUGGCAGUCCAAGACCUCACGAGGUUGUAGUGCCAAGAAGAACAAAAAUGGCACAAAACAGAGUCACACAUUAUACGAUGGAAUGUUAAAAGAAAAAAUUGCAUAACGGUGUGGUCGAUUUAGCGUAACUGAAAUGUACUGUAGAAAAGAAGUUAAAUUCCACUAACGAUAUAAUCUUUACAAGACUAAUUUUGCCAUCUGUGUUUGCCGUGUUUGACGGAGCUGAAACAAGAAGGAAAUAGGCAACCUCGGUCAAGGAACAGGUUGCCAGGUCAGCCGUCCGAAAGAACACAACAAGAGAGUUUAAACUAUACAUACCGACGCGUUAAAUGCUUACAAAGGGAUCGAGAUGAAGCACAAACUCUAAACAAGAGAACCAAAACCGAAGUGUCUUUUGCAAAUAACGAGCCUUAAACACACCCACAUUUGUGCCUUUUUGCAGUGUUGCUAACAGCCGCUACUUGUUACGCUCGUCGCUCGUUGACUUGUAAAUAAUUGCGUAUCCAGUCAAGUUGAGUGUUUGUGUGUAUUUGAGCUUUGUUUGUUCUUUUUGGUUCACUUAAGUUGCAUAACAAAAACACACACACCCCGGUACCGGCUUGUACUAUUAACUGAAGUUUAGCUAAAUGAGAAGGGUAAACAUAUAUUAAAAAAAAAACUUAUAUUGAAGUUGUCUUACAGAGCAAAAUAUAACAUAACAAAGUAUUAGAAUAAACAAAUACGGCGGUUUA